UGAGUCAUGUGAGGUCAUGUGAGUGCUAGUAGAUUAUCCAGUUUCACUUCCGCAUUCUACUGUUGCAGUGUGUUCAGAACUCUGAGGAACGAAGCCAUGGCCAAUGCUCCCGUCAUCUUCCUGGUGGCCCUGGCCGGCUGCCUUGCCACCGUGAAUGCCGGGUACGUGCCGGAGGCCUGUAUGAACUGUAUCUGCUUUGUGGAGUCAGGCUGCCGCAUGCCGGACCCUCUCUGUCAGAUGGACGUCGGCUCUCUCUCAUGUGGACCAUUCCAGCUGAAACAGGCCUAUUGGCUAGACGCACGUCUCAAGGGAGGUCCACUCAUGAAUGACUGGCAGACGUGCUCAGCGUCCUGGACGUGUAGCCGUGACGCUGUGAACGGGUACAUGGAGCGGUUCGCCGUCCCGUCCCGCCUGGGCCACAGUCCCACAUGUGAGGACUUCUCCCGCAUCCACAACGGCGGGCCUAACGGCUUCAAGAGCGCCGCCACCCUCAAAUACUGGGAACGGGUGAAGAAGUGUCUGGGCGCAGGUCUCGGGCUGUACUCGCACCACAUUGACCUGGAACAACAGUCGAAGAACUACACCAAGUUGGGCUGACAGCGAAGUCGUGCCAAAGCCCAACGCUGCCUGUGGCAUCCGGCCAAGAACGAAGACCAUUACGCAUACAUAAACGCCUUGUAACACGGUCCUUGUAACACAGCCUCUCUGCUUGACUUGAGCAUAGAUCUUAAUAGCUGACAAAUAUAUACCAACCACGUGCACGUGCCUUAAUACUGUGUUUGCAUUUGGGUCACGUAUCUAAGCAUUUUGUAUCAACAGUGCUGUCACGUUAUGAACAAAGUUUGAAACUGGCGUGCAUGUCAACGUUAAACAUGUUUGGAAUAAAGCAACUUCGGCAACAGUGAAUCAUGUUGUGACGUGA